AUGGAGCAGAAUGAAAAAGCGAACACUCUAAAUCCCAAAUCAGAGCCUUUUGUACCAAUUUUAUAUGACUGCAUUGUUUCACCUACAGCCCCAGCAGAUGCCUUAAGAUUUGAUGACAUGUUUGCUGCUUAUGAAGGCACACUAUCAAGCACAAAAAAGGAAAACCCUGAAAAUAAUAAAGCUACUGUAUCAAAUGACAAACUUAUAAAAAUUGAUGAAGAAAACAAGCCUAUAGAAAACAAAGAAAACAAGAAAAAGAAAGAAAAAAUUAUUAUUCCCGAAAAGAAAUUCUUAAAAAAUGAUGAAUGGAUAGCCAAAACGAAUGAAGAGUACAAAAGUGACGACGAUUUCAAGGCUGGGACGUCUAGUGGGUAUGGAUUUCCUACAAAAAAGUGGAAGAAAAAAGAUAAUUUAAUAAAGAAAGAAGGGAAUGAUGAGAUACAAAUAAAUAAUGAAGAAAUUAAAUGUAGGAAAGAGGAAAUAGAAGAAGAAAAAAAAGAGGAGAGAAUUGGAUGGCCAGAUCUUGAGGAUAUAAAGCCAAGGCAGAAAGAAAGAAUUGAAGAAAGCAAAGCCAGCUGGGAGAAAAAUGAGAAAAAAAGCCAGCCAAGCGAAGAUUCGUGGUCAAAUGUCGAGUCAUCAGGAUCAGAAAAAACUGAAGAAAUUCAGCCUGUGCCUACUAAAAAAGGAGUCUCAGACAAGCGCUAUGAAAAUAUUCACAAGCCCACAACAGCAAGGCCAAAUAAUUUUCAGUCGGCGCCUUUGAACAGCUGAGAGCCAAGCCCAGACAUUUCAGACAUGUGGGCAACUGUGACUCCUAAAGAUAAAUUUUCUGUCACUCCUAAGCCUAAAGGAGAAAUUUCAAACACUACAGCAAAUCCAAAAGAAGAAAUUGAAACCACAGCUAAGCCAAACGAUGAAGAAGAAGAGUUUGUUAUCAAAACAGAAAAACCUGAGUCGAAAACUGUUAAAAUUGUCCAAAAGCCUUGGCCUACAGCCACUCUAAAUGCAGUAAAUUCCAGAUCUCAAAAACCCAUUCAGGCAGGCCUGCAAUCUUCUCAAACCCGAUCCCAACGUAUAGAAAUCCCUUCAUCAAGUUACACCCCUUUCUUUAACGAAAUCUCUAGCCAAGAUUUCGACUUAAAAACCUAUAAAACCAAACCUUGCAGUAAAGGAAGCGAAUGCAAAGGCCCAUGUAUGGACUAUCACUACAUUGGAGAAAAACGUCGUGACCCAAAAUCUACAUAUUUUCCUACCCUAUGCAAAAAUGCAGAAAACUGCGCAUGUGGAGACCGAUGCUCAAAAGCUCAUAAUUUAUAUGAAGCUUUAUAUCACCCUCAAACUUAUAUGUCUUUGGAAUGCCCAUUCCAAAAGGAAGGAAAAGAAUGCGUCAUGGGGAAGCUAUGCGUUUUUACACACAGGCGGACUAAUAAGCCAGAAAUUACUAUUCCACCAUACCAGCCAAGAGUCCAGCCUCAAAAUGUGUGUGGGGAUGUUUUCCAUAAGCUGGAUCAGAGAGAAAAAGAGCUUGAAGAAUAUGAGUGGUCAAGCACAGGUCGCAACCAGACAUUCCCCCUAAAAAUGGUACCCCCACCCCCACCUUCACAGAUGGCACCCCCACCUCCCUCAAAAAAUAAAGGGUUUAUCCUAUAGAAGUAAUUGAUAGGAAGCAAGCAGAAUAAUUUAAAUAUAAUCCAAUUAAAACACUAUAUUGAUAAAUUAAGUCCAUAAACUGCUUUAAUAUUUAUGAUUAAUUAACAAUUAAUGAGAAAUAUAUUAAAUUUGUUUUUUUAUAUUUAUAAAUAUAAUGCCAAAGAUAUAGAUAAUGGCAUUAAUUAUUAAAUGAGCCAAGCACAAUACAAUAGCUUGCAUUAAAUUUAUUGAUUCAUAAAUUAAAAGCUAAUCUGAUGCCCAUUGUACAAGAAUUGCAGGACUGAAUUGGUAACAGGAAUCAAUAGUGCUAAUAAAAAUAGUAUUUGCUAUUGCCAGUUUUACUUUUGAUCUAUAAUUGGACUCUUUAGCCAUUGUGUUCCACAAAGUUCAUAAAUAGAUGCAGGAUAUACUGCUAAUUAAUACCAAAGAUCAUUAUUAUACUUUUUUAGCAAUUUUUCUUCAGAUGUGGUGUCUUAGUAAUUAUAGGAAAUUCUCACCCCAUUCCACCUACUCCUUAAUCGAUUGUGCUACGCUAUGUGGAUAUUGUAAAUCAGUAAUUUUGAAUAUUUAAAAUAAUAAUUUAUUUAUUAUGCCUGCUCUAAAUUAGCAUUUGCCAUAUAUCUAUCCUAUAUUAAGGAGGGUGGGGGUGCCAUUAAAAGGGGGGGGUGGGGGUACCAUUUAAAAGGGGGGUGGGGGUGUCUGGUUGCGACCUGUACUUGACCAUAUGAGCAGAGAUUGAAAGCAAAAUGUAAGUGCAACAGAGGGAUAAAAAAGUAUGUGUUUGUGCCUUGUGGGCAUUUAAUAUGUGAAAGAUGCAGAAUGGAAAGCAGAUGUGUUGUGUGUGGAGGGAAUGGGAAAAGUUAUAUGAUGCAUUAA